AAAAGAAUGGAUGCGAAGGUUCAUUCAAACAGCCGAUGUCAUGCCGAAUACUGGACGAAUUAACCUACCCUCGUGUUUAACAAAAAAAGGUGUACAUAUGUUGUACACAGAAGAUAUGAAAACCAAAAGCGGUACACACAAACCUUUGUCAAGACAACAUUUUAUAAACUCCAUGUGGCCGAAAGAGUUCCCUAAUGUUAUCAUACCCAAGCAAUCUCGAUUCACGAAGUGUGGUGUUUGUGUUCAUUUGAAAACCCAGUUAAUGAACUCACGCCUUCCAAGAGAAAAAAGAAUUCGCUUUACAAAUAUGAGAAAGGUCCAUCUUUUGCAACAAAUGACUGAACGACAAAAGUAUUACAAACAUGGUGUCAAAGCUGUUCUUCAGCCAGAAAAAUAUAUUUCCAUUAUUUUGGAUGGCAUGGACCAGAGUAAAACCAAUCUGCCGCAUUUUACAGAGCAUGCAAAGACUGACGAAAACCUAUGGAAGCUGCAAAUGCAUGUCACUGGAGUGCUUUUAAAUGCCCGAUCAACAGCUUAUUGCUACAUGGACGCAAGAGAAUAUCCCCAUGAUUCUAACUUCACAAUGAACGUUCUUCUAGAUGUUUUGGUACAGGAAAAGCAGAGGAAAGGGAAACUUCCGCCAGUUCUCUAUCUGCAAAUGGACAACUGUGGCAGAGAAAACAAAAAUAAAUUUUUGUUGGCGUUUCUUGGAGUGCUUGUACAURUGGGUAUAUUCAGAAAGGUACGUCUUGGCUUUUUAAUGGUGGGACAUACUCAUGAGGAUGUAGAUSAGCUAUUCUCAAGGAUUUCUCAACGUCUUGCCAGAAAUGAUGCCCAUACUAUUGCUGAUUUGUCAGAUCAGAUCAAGAGAUCUUACACUCCCAGCCCUAUUGUGGAACAAAUUCGACGAUUGUUUGAUCUCAAAAAAGUUGUUUCUGACCUCCUCAAUGAUGUUUCUGGUCACUCUGAGCCUCACCAAUUUAAAAUUGAGAAAAAUAAAGAUGGCAUUGUUUCGCUUUUUUACAAAAAGUGGAGCACAAAAAAGGAUUGGAUGGAAGCAAACUUAUUUUUUGAGACAGACAGAAUUGUGCUCGACGAGAUUAUGACAGAACCRGCRACGAUGCCACUAGUCUUAGAAAAAGUAAAGCUAGAAAAGCUGGAAAAGGACAUCCCUCGUUAUAAAGUAAAGUUCAGUGCAAGCACAGAAGAGUGGUGGGGGGAGUACAUUAACUCCUUAAGGACACGCGCUUCUUAUCCUGAGAAAGAACAGAAAAUCUGGGGAAUACCGUUCCUAACAUCAACUCAAGCGGCACGUCCAAUUACAGAUCCUGGCCUUCCAAUAGAAAGCACACGAGCCGACGAGGAAAUAGAGCGACAGUACGCGAAAGAACGGAGAGAUGUAAUGAUAACGGUGAAACCCAUAAAGAAAACACCAAACGAGGCAAAGAAGCAGAGAGGAACGAAAAGGAAGACCACCAAAGCCAAUAGAAAAAACAAGAAAAAAAGCAAAAAAUGAAACAGGUUUUGACAGUUAUAUGUCUGUCCCUUAUAAUAUACAUAUCAUCAAUAUAACACUGAUAGAAAAGAAACUUUGUGCUAAUGCCUGAUAUCGAGACAGCUAUGAAUGUCUUUCUUUACUAUAGUUCUCUUGAGCCCAUUGUAGGUUAUAUUUUAUAAA